AAACUAAUGUAACGUUUUUGUUCUCUUAUUUUCACUUUCUUCUUCUCUUUACCUUCAAUCCCCUUAAAAGUACCAUUUUUUUUUCCUUUACUUGGUUCCUAAAUUUAGCAUACCCCAUUUUCAUCACUCCAUUCUCCUCCAAUUAUUCUUAUCAACUUGGAUUUUUUCCAUUUUUUUAUUUGUUUCUAUUUUUGUUGUUGUCAUCUUUCAUCAAAUUGUUGAACAAAAAGCUAGUUCUUUUAAGCUUGGAAAUCUUAAGAUUUUGGUUUAUGUCACUCAAUUUGGAUUUUUUUUUUUUUGAAUUUUUAUUGGGUUGUGUCAUUUUCCUUCAAAUCUAGAUCAAGUUGUUUCCUUUGUUCAUCUCCAUUAAAAAAAGCUUAAGCUUUUUGGAUUAAGUUCGCUCUUUUACAUCCCUUGAGCUCCAAGUGGUUCCAUUGACACCAUUUUCUUUGACCCUUUUGCUUAAAAAUUAUUGUCACUUGUUAAUUUCUAAGCAAUGAUUAUUAUAGGAAAACCCCAUUUGAAGUUGCUUCAGUUGCUUCUCUUUCUGUUAUACCUUCAUUUCAAUGGAAUCAGUUCUUAUCAAAUGGCACCAAUGAAUUGUACAGACACAAGCCGUGUCUGCACUUCUUUCUUGGCCUUUAAGCCUCAAAAAACCCAAUCACUUGAAGUGAUUCAAAGCAUGUUUGAUGUGUUGCCAGGUGACAUCACAGUUGAAGGAAAUGGUUGGGAUUACAUAUUCAUAAGGAAGAACUGUUCUUGUGCAGCUGGUAUAAAGAAAUAUGUGUCUAACACCACCUUUACUGUGAAAUCAAAUAAAGGGUUGGUGGAUGAUUUGGUUAUGGAUGCCUAUGAUGGGCUUAUUUUGCUUCCUAACACCUCAAGGAGGGCAAGGAAUGGUGCUGUUAUAUCAUUGAGGUUGUUUUGUGGUUGUUCUAGUGGAUUAUGGAACUAUCUUUUGAGUUAUGUGUUGAGAGAUGGGGAUAGUGUUGAAUCUUUGGCAAGUAGAUUUGGGGUUAGUAUGGAUAGUAUUGAAGCUGUGAAUGGCCUUGAUGGUCCUGAUAAUGUUACUGUUGGUUCACUUUAUUAUAUUCCUCUUGAUUCUGUUCCUGGUGAUCCUUUUCCUCCAAACCAUGCUUCUCCACCGGCUUCUGUUCCUGCUCCUUCUGUUGAUAAUAUUUCAGAUGAUCAGGUCAAUCAUAAGUAUCAUGUACCCUAUGGAUGGAUCAUUGGUGGCUUAGGAGUUGGUCUUAUUCUGAUAAUAUUAAGCAUAAUUCUCUGCGUUUGCCUCAGAUCAUCGAAUUGUUUAUCCGAGUCGCGAAGUCAUGAAAAAGAUGCUGAUGGAAAAGUCUCUCAUAAAUUCCAAAUUCUUCGGAAUCCAAGUUUCUUUUGUGGUUCUGGAAGGUACAUAUGUGGCAAACAUGUUGACCAGAAGCAAAGAGAUGGUGACUCCAGCAAUCACACGAUUACCGUUCCCAAAGCUUCGACUCUAGGGCCUGACGUAUUUGACAUGGAUAAGCCUGUAGUUUUUUCAUACGACGAGAUUUUUUCCUCGACUGAUGGCUUCUCUGAUUCAAAUCUACUUGGGCAUGGAACAUACGGAUCUGUCUACUAUAGCCUCGUUCGUGACCAGGAAGUUGCUAUUAAAAGAAUGACAGCUACAAAAACAAAAGAAUUUACGUCAGAGGUUAAAGUUUUGUGCAAGGUUCAUCAUGCUAAUCUGGUAGAAUUGAUUGGCUAUGCAGCUAGUCACGAUGAGCUUUUCCUAGUUUAUGAGUAUGCUCAGAAGGGUUCACUCAGAAGCCAUUUGCAUGAUCCUCAAAAUAAGGGUCAUUCACCACUUUCAUGGAUAAUGAGGGUCCAGAUUGCACUUGAUGCUGCUAGGGGACUUGAAUAUAUACAUGAGCACACAAAAGCUCAUUAUGUCCACCGUGAUAUCAAGACGAGCAACAUUUUACUUGAUGCUUCCUUUAAAGCAAAGAUAUCAGAUUUUGGGUUGGCGAAACUUGUGGGGAUAACAAACGAGGGAGAAGUUUCAACUACCAAAGUUGUUGGUACAUAUGGAUAUCUUGCUCCGGAAUACUUGAGCGACGGCCUUGCAACCACCAAAAGUGAUGUCUAUGCAUUUGGCGUUGUCCUUUUUGAGAUUAUAACUGGAAAAGAAGCCAUUAUUCGAACAGAAGGCAUGAUGACUAAAAAUCCCGAAAGACGCUCACUCGCAUCAGUAAUGUUGGCAGUUCUAAGGAACUCACCUGAUUCCAUGAGCAUGUCAAGCAUGAGAGAUUACAUUGAUUCAAAUAUGAUGAAUCUGUUUCCCCAUGAUUGUGUAUUUAAGAUGGCUAUGCUGGCAAAGCAAUGUGUGGAUGACGAUCCCAUCUUACGACCCGACAUGAAACAAGUAGUGAUUUCCAUCUCACAGAUUCUUCUAUCUUCUAUUGAGUGGGAAGCAACACUAGCCGGGAAUAGCCAAGUAUUCAGUGGACUUGUUCAGGGAAGAUAGCUUACGCAACAAGAUAUCUUUCGCUCCCAGAUUCUUUUUCCAGUAUCCUUUAUUUAUUUGUUGGAUAACAAAUGUUAGUAUAUUAGUUGUUAUGUUACUAUUUUCUGAAUUUAAAUCCCGGUCUUUUAACGCCUUCAACUCCUUUAUACACUUUUUUUUUUCUUCUUCUGGUUGAUUGUGAUGUAUCAAUAGGAGCAAAGACUUAUGAUGGACAUGGUGGAUCAAUCAAUAUCUUGUUUUUGGCCAUUUAUUUUCUCAAAUGUGAUUUUAGCUACGUAGAAAAUUUUAGGUGUAAUUUAGAGUAUGUGAUGAUGGAAGCUAAGGAUGGAUUUUAUUUCCAUAUGAUUUGUAUUUUAAUGAGUUGUAAUUUUGGCAGUAGUAUAUGUAUGCUUAUAUUAUUUCAUUCUUUGUAUUUCUUCAUUUUUAUUAGAUUGAAAUGUAAAGGCAUGAUGUAUCUUAUUUCUUCAUUUUGUGGUUUUAA